AUGGAAGCUACUGGUUUCAGAACGGGAAGAGCAGAAGAAGAAGGAAUUGGAAAUAGGGUGAAUGGAGAAGGGGGAAUAGGCAGGUUUAUGAGGAUGGGUAAUGGGGGAGAUGAGGAUGGAGAGGUGCAGAGGUUUAUGAAUGAGAAGAUACAAGAGAGUCUGCAGAAGUCCUAUUCGAGGUAUAUUAGGAUAGGCUGAUUGGGGAAUAUGGGAGUUUGAUUUGUAGCAGCGCUUACGGCUGUUUUGACGAUGAAUGAGGAGAAUGAGAAAGCAAAUACUCAGCUGUGAACUCACUCGGUGACGUUUUUGGUGAUUUCUUUUCUUAUAUUAGUCAUAUGAGGACGCAAAGCAUUUUAUUUAGUUUAUUUGGUUCCAAUACUUUUAGGACUCGGAAUUUAUAUGGCAAUUGAUAUUACCUUACAAAGCGAGGAAUACAGACCUAGUGAAUAUUUAGUAGUUUCUUGCUGAACUGCCCACUGACUGAUGAUUCUAAUUCCAAAUAAAUGGAUACAUUCUUCUAUUGCUCAUGCUCUAGCAAUGGGAUACCUUGGGUAUGGUGCAUGGAAAACUUAUGGAAUGUUUUCCUCUGAUAUUAAUCUGACAAUAAUGCUUUGAGUAUUCUGGUUUACCCUAUCAAGCUAUUUCUUGUCACUCAAAACUACAGGUAUGUAUGCUGAAAUCUAUAAAAAUAAAAAACUCAUCGAAGAAAUGAAGAAGGUGCUCCAGAUCCUCCCUUUUGGCGUAGUCAUCUGGCCGUCCAAAGCAGGUGAGAAGUACUUCGCCAAUAAGGAGUUUAGACAGAAAUAUACUGAAGUUGACCAUAGCCUUGAGGAGCUGGCCGGAAUCGAGCUGAAGCUACUUGAUGAUGAAAGAAAAACAAUUAAUGAAGAGUUUAGAAAUGAUCUUGCGAAGUUCUUGAAAAAUCAGCAAAGACUUAUUAGAAAUAAUGAGUGUAUUGUUGAGCGGAAUGCUCAAAUUAAAUGUUUUCCAAAGGAAGUCUUGCAUAUGUCAGAGGAUAGUGAAGAAGCUGUGAAUCAUAAAAUUUGUUGUAUAAAGACGCUCACCAUUGAAUGGGAGGGCGUAAAUUCUUACCUUCAUGUUUUUAUUGAUAAUACAAAUGUAAUUAGAUUAGAGGAGAUGAAAAAUAAAAUGAAGCUUGAAGAAGCUGACAAUAACAUGAAGCUUCAGAAAAUCAUGUUCGCAAGUGCUUCACAUGAAUUUCGAACUCCUUUGAACUCGAUCACCAACUCGUUUGAUAUAAUUUUAAACUCAUUUUAAUACCAUCAACAGGGUCUGACAACCUUAUUUUUCAGAAUUAGAGGGCUUAGAAUCUGAGGAGAUUGAUCUGAAUGCUGAAACUCUGAUGAAAUUUAUAAAGAUUGGAAAAAGCUCUUCCCUCCUUCUCUUAACACUAAUAGAGGAUGUUCUUAAUCUCUCCAAAAUGGAGGCAGGAACUUUCACCAUCAAUAAGGAAAUAUUUCAAGUUUGUGAAAUUCUCGAUGAAAUCUAUGAUAUCUUCAGUAUGCAGUGUGAGCUAAAGAGCAUCAAACUUAGUGUUAGAAUAUCUAGUGAUGUUAGGAAGCUUAAUAUCUUUUCAGAUAAGUCCAGGAUCAAACAAAUAAUAAUGAACCUGGUGUCUAACAGUAUGAAGUUUACCUUCAAAGGCUCCAUUACUAUUGAAUGUAUGAAUAUUAGGCAAAGAGGAAGAGUGUUCACAAAGUUUAGUGUAAGAGACACCGGAGUCGGUAUUAAGAAAAAAGACCAGAAAUAAACUCUUCAAACUCUUUGGAAUGAUUUCUAAGACUAAAUCUAUGAACAAAAGUGGAACUGGGAUUGGUCUUACUAUAAGUAAGAAAUAUGUUGAAGCUAUUGGAGGGGAGAUAUACUUAAAAUCAGCUCCAAAAAUUGGUACUGAAGUUACUUUUACAUUCCCAGUUGAUCGGAUUCCUGAAUCUGAAAGUCAUCCCCAAUCGAGUAAAUCAAUAUGGAGCUAUUUUGAAAGUGAUUUUGAGAUUGCAGAAGAAGGCCGUAUUCAUCAGAACUUAGCUAUACACAAAGAUAUUGGGUCUAGAGGAUGAUUCACCAAGAGAUAAUCUAUACAAUACAAAGUGGACUUGCUUAAAAAUAAAUAAUGGAAAUUUUUAUAGAUUUAAUGAUCGACAU